CUCUCCCUGUCUUUCUCCCUGUCUCCUCCCUCCCCUUCUCCUCUGCCCCCCCCAGACUCAACCUUAAACACCUUGUUCGACGACAGCGCAUUUGCCCUCGUCCUCAGCUCCCAAGAUCUUAUGUGGCCUCGUCCUUACCAGACAGAACAACAGGAAACGACGCUUUCCGCACCCUUUCCUUCGUUCCUAUCGACUUCAAAAUAAAGAGAAGAAGAAAAAAGCUACGCCCUAGGUCAAAAUGGGGGGUCAACUCUCAAAGAUGAUGGGCAAGAUCUUCGGGUCUAAGGAGAUGCGACUGCUGAUGUUGGGCCUCGAUGCCGCCGGCAAGACGACUAUCCUCUACAAGCUCAAGCUCGGCCAGGACGUCACCACGAUCCCUACCGUCGGAUUCAACGUCGAAACCGUUACAUACAAGAACGUUAAGUUCAACGUCUGGGAUGUCGGCGGCCAGGACAAGAUCCGUCCCUUAUGGAGACAUUACUUCAGCGGAACCCAAGGUCUCAUCUUCGUCAUCGAUUCGUCGGACCGUGCGCGCAUGGACGAGGCGCGUCAAGAGCUGCAUCGCAUUAUCAACGACAGGGAGAUGAAGGACAGCCUUCUUCUUGUGUUCGCCAACAAGCAAGAUAUCCAAGACGCCAUGAAACCCCAAGAGGUAACCGAGGCGCUGCAGCUGUCCAAGCUAAAGGAUAAGAUCUGGUAUGUCGUGCCGAGUUGCGCGACGACUGGCGAGGGUCUACUCGAGGGUCUGGCGUGGCUAUCAAACAACGUUAAGGCGCCUCCCGCGCCGGCUAAGAAGUAGAGGUUCAAUUUGCGAUUCCGUUGAUACCCCGUCCCCCACGAGUUUUGUCAUCCUCUCUCCAUCCAUCAGAAUUAUACUACCCCCUCCGAGGCACGAAUACCGCUCGAAUUCCGUUCCGUUACCUUCCUGUCUGCUCAGCUGCCUGAUUGGACGCAUCACAUCUCGUCGCAUGGCUUUGCUCUAUUCGAUGAGGCACCCGUGCUUCGGUUUCAGGCGUUCGUCUAGCGCGGCACUCAAUAA